AUGAUUUUACAGUUCUACACCGACGAGGGCCAAGAGUUGAGCGGCAUGGCCAAAUAUUUUGCCCGAGGGUUGGCUCGGCAAGACCUCUUAAUCUCGCUCACUCGCCUGCAGCGCACCAGGAUAAGGCCGUCUAUUUGGCUGGACGAGUACUCCACGUGCCACGCUGAUCGCCUCAUGGGGUUUACUACUACGUUGGCUCCCAUUCUUUCGGAUCUUGCUGCCCUUGCUGAAGAUGUCCAGUCCAUCAUAGAAAGCUAUUCUGUUCCUAAUGAGGAAUGCACUUCUGAUGUGACAGACGAUAUUUCGAACAUUUCAGUGAGGCACAGCGACCUAGUAGAGAGGGAAGCCUCAAUACAUGCGCAACUUGUGACCUGGCGUCCGAUACGAGAUUCUUCUAUGUCGAUGCAAGCAUCACGCAAAUUUCUUCUUCACGCAUAUGCAUGGCGAGCGGCGGCACUGCUUUAUCUAUUCCGCCUAUUCAACCGUUCCGGAAACUCGACGGAAGCGGACAUGGAAGCUCUUAGAAUGAGUUACGAGGUCAUGGCACACAUUACUGGGUCGUCUCAGGAAAUUAAGCUCUCAUUAUGGCCUUUGUUUAUUGCGGCAUGCGAGCUAGAAACCCUGGAAGACCGGGCCCAAGCGAUUAGGAUAUUCGAUGAAAUUUGUCAUGCCCGACCCAUCAUGACUGCGAGACGUACCAAGUCCUUUUGUGUCGACCAGGUCUGGUCAGCACGAGAUAUGGGAGGCAACUGGGAUUGGAUGCAUUUGGCACGGCUCGGUUCGGCGCCUGUGCCCCUGUAG